UGGCGGCAUCUUACAUCCAUCGAUAGUAUUUUAACAUGCAUUUGAAUUAAAAGUGAUCUUGAAUAUUUGCAAAGAAUUCCUAGAUGUAUUUAAUUUGUUUUUUCACCAAUUCUUAUGUGUAAGAAUGAUGUCUUGUGUGGCUAAGUUUCGAAAUUAACUUAUUGUUACCUAGCCGCGAAGGGUCCUCAUGCAGUAGAAUAUAGUUGGGCGGUAAUUGAUAUCUCUGAUGCAGCAGCUCAAAUCUGGCCGUCUAAACUGUCAUCCUCUCUGCAGCUGCUCAUUUGGAAGUACUUCAUCAAUUCGAGACGAAGAUUUAACCUCGGGGCCAACGAGAAUCAAGAAGAAGCCAUGGGAAGUGCGGAGCAACCGAAGUUUUGAGUGGAUCUUUACUGAGGAGUCAACUUCUCAAAAUGGCGGCCGAUAAGGUAACAUUAACUGAUGCUUUAUCCAACGUCGACGCCUUAGAUGAGCUUACGUUACCAGAUGAACAACCGUGUAUUGAAGCUCAGCCAUGCUCUGUCAUUUAUCAAGCUAACUUUGAUACCAACUUCGAAGACCGGAAUGGGUUCGUCACUGGCAUAGCAAAGUACAUUGAAGAAGCCACCGUUCACGCCAGUUUGAAUGAACUGUUGGAAGAUGGCUUGGAACAUGCGGUCAUGCUGUACACGUGGCGAUGUUGCUCUCGAGCCAUCCCGCAACCGAAGUCCAAUGAGCAGCCGAACCGGGUGGAAAUCUAUGAAAAGACUGUUGAAGUAUUAGCUCCUGAAGUGAACAAGCUUCUUAACUUCAUGUAUUUUCAGCGAAAAGCUAUUGAAAGGUUUUGUGCAGAGGUAAAAAGGCUGUGCCAUGCUGAAAAGAGGAAGGAUUUUGUGUCGGAAGCCUACUUGCUCACCCUAGGAAAAUUUAUCAAUAUGUUUGCGGUGCUAGAUGAACUGAAAAACAUGAAAUCAAGUGUGAAAAACGAUUAUUCUACCUAUCGCCGUGCCGCCCAGUUCUUGAAAGUUAUGGCAGAUUCACACACCCUUCAGGAGUCGCAGAAUUUAUCCAUGUUUCUGGCCACGCAGAACAAAAUUCGAGACACGGUUAAAGAGAAUUUGGAAAAAAUAAUCGGUUAUGAAGAGCUUCUGUCCGAUGUUGUCAAUCUGUGUGUGCACAUGUUCGAAACAAAAAUGUACCUGACACCCACCGAAAAGCACAUGCUGGUUAAAGUCAUGGGCUUUGGUUUGUUUUUGAUGGACAACGAGCUCUGCAAUAUCAACAAACUCGACCAAAAGAAGAAACUAAAUCUCAGUAAAAUUGACAGAAUUUUCAAGAAUCUGGAGGUUGUCCCUCUCUUUGGUGACAUGCAAAUAGCGCCAUUCAACUAUAUCAAGCGCUCGAAGCAUUUCGACCCUGGAAAAUGGCCUUUAUCGAGCUCUACUACGAUCAGUCCCCAAGCUGAUUUGAUGGUGCACUUGCCGCAAAUACGAGAAGACCACGUUAAGUACAUCAGUGAGCUUGCAAUCUAUAGUAACGAGGUGAAUACAACAUUCAAAGAAAUGAGAACGGAUAAAGAAAACAAGGAAACAUCCGAUUUAGCCUUGCGUGGUUUACAAUUGCUGUCGGAAUGGAGCAGUGUUGUCACAGAGCUUUACUCGUGGAAGUUGUUGCACCCGACGGAUCAUCAUCAAAAUAAAGAAUGCCCACAAGAAGCUGAAGAAUAUGAAAGAGCAACACGUUACAACUACACGGAAGAGGAAAAAUUUGCACUAAUCGAGGUUAUUGCAAUGAUCAAAGGCCUGCAAGUUUUAAUGUCUCGUAUGGAAACCUUUUUUACUGAAGCCAUCAGACGCAAUAUUUAUGCCGAACUCCAGGACUUUGUGCAAGUAAUUCUCAGAGAGCCUCUCAGAAAAGCCAUAAAGAACAAGAGGGACUUAAUCAGAAGUAUUUUGGUUUCUGUUCGAGAAACAUGUGCCGAUUGGCAGCGAGGGGUUGAGCCAUCAGCGGAUCCUGCGCUGAAAGGGAAGAAAGAUCCUGAUUCUGGCUUUGGUAUCAAAGUGCCCCGAAGGAAUGUCGGCCCCUCUUCAACCCAGCUUUACAUGGUGCGCACAAUGUUGGAGUCGUUAAUCGCGGAUAAGUCAGGUGGGAAAAGGACUUUGAGGAAAGAUAUCGACGGCCAGUAUCUGAUGCAAAUAGACCAAUUCCACAAAACAUCGUAUUAUUGGAAUUAUCUGCUCGGUUUUAGUGAGUCUUUACAACAAUGCUGUGAUUUAUCUCAACUUUGGUAUCGUGAAUUUUACCUUGAAAUGACCAUGGGGCGACGUAUUCAGAAAUGCACAGUGCGACAUCAACACAAUGAAGAGUGCAGCGAUCUCAUCACAAUGGAAAAACGCAUACAGUUUCCUAUUGAAAUGUCAAUGCCAUGGAUUUUGACUGAUCACAUUCUACGUACCAAAGAGCCUUCAAUGAUGGAGUAUGUCUUAUACCCAUUAGAUCUCUACAAUGACAGUGCUCAUUAUGCCCUGACUGUCUUUCGCAAACAAUUUUUAUACGAUGAAGUUGAGGCAGAAGUCAAUCUGUGCUUCGAUCAGUUUGUGUAUAAACUUAGUGAGCAAAUAUUUGCUCAUUAUAAGCAACUUGCAGCAAGUAUUCUGUUAGAUAAACGUUUUCGUGUUGAGUGUGUGGCCAUGGGAACCUACCUGCUGGCAUAUCCGCGUGCAAACCGAUAUGAAACACUGUUGAAGCAGCGCCACGUGCAAUUGUUGGGUAGAUCGAUCGAUCUCAACAAACUAAUUACGCAACGCAUCAACGCUGACAUGCAGAAAUCUCUUGAGCUUGCCAUUUGUAAAUUUGAAGGGGGAGACAUAACAGGCGUUGUUGAAUUGGAUGGUUUACUACAAGUGAACAGGCUGUGUCAUAAACUUUUGAGCAAGCAUUUGGCGCUGGACGAAUACGAUGCCAUGUUCCGAGAGGCUAAUCACAACGUUUUAGCUCCCUAUGGCAGGAUCACCUUACACGUUUUUUGGGAGCUUAAUUAUGACUUCUUACCAAAUUAUUGCUACAAUGCGGCAACUAACAGGUUUGUGAAAUGCCGUGGAAUCAUGUUUACCAACCCUGUGCAUAGAGACAAGCCUCCACAAAUGGGCCACGCUUAUCUCUGGGGCAGCAAACAAUUGAAUCUUGCUUACACAACAAUUUAUAGUCAAUAUACAG